AAACUUGUGUUCUUUGUCGCCCAUGAAAAACGUUAAACUUGGGCAGGGUUGACAGUGAUUCGUUAAAGAAUCCGAAAACAUUCUUAAUUAAACACUAUCAAAAUCACACAUCAUCAAACAUACAAAAAAAACAUAACAUUUUUGUUGCGUUAUUUUUGUUUUGGUGCGUUUCAAUCUGCAAACUCCAUAAUACAACUCCAACCUCAGAUCAAUUUCCAUUUUCCCCCAACACACUCCAACUUCUAAUCACGGCUUCUUUGUUUGCUUAAAUGUGUUGAUUUCUGCAUUAUUUGAACGUGGACGGAAUGUUAUGGAGGCUAGUUGAAAGAGAUCGGUGUUAAGUUGUGAAGGAUUAAAAAGAACAUGGCUCCUUCUAGCAAGGCUGAGAAGAAGGCAGCCGUAGAUGCUGCUGCAUGGAUGUUCAACGUUGUCACUUCUGUUGGAAUUAUCAUUGUAAACAAAGCUUUGAUGGGCGGUUAUGGCUUCAGUUUUGCUACAACUUUGACGGGUCUUCAUUUUGUUACAACAACUUUAAUGACGGUUGUACUACGGAUGCUGGGAUACGUCCAGCCUUCUCAUCUUCCCUUCUCCGAACUUCUAAAAUUUGUUUUCUUUGCUAACUUUUCUAUUGUUGGAAUGAAUGUCAGUCUUAUGUGGAACUCAGUUGGAUUCUAUCAAAUUGCAAAACUGAGUAUGAUCCCUGUGUCCUGCUUGUUGGAAGUUUGUUUGGACAAGAUUCGCUAUUCAAGAGACACAAAACUGAGCAUAGGUGUUGUUCUUUUGGGCGUUGGUGUUUGCACUGUUACUGAUGUGAGUGUAAACACGAAAGGUUUUGUUGCCGCCUUUAUAGCAGUGUGGAGCACUUCUCUGCAGCAAUAUUAUGUUCAUUAUCUUCAACGGAAGUAUUCGCUAAGUUCUUUCAACCUUUUGGGACAUACAGCACCCGCGCAGGCUGGAUCACUACUGUUAUUAGGCCCUUUUCUAGAUUAUUGGUUGACCAACAGCAGAGUUGACCGAUUUGCUUAUGCUACACCCUCUGUGAUGUUCAUAGUCCUGUCAUGCACCAUUGCGGUUGGGACCAACCUCAGCCAAUUCAUCUGCAUAGGCAGAUUUAGUGCUGUGUCUUUCCAAGUACUUGGUCAUAUGAAGACAAUACUCGUUUUAAUAAUGGGAUUCUUUUUCUUUGGGAGGGAAGGUCUCAAUCUUCAUGUAGUUGUAGGUAUGAUAAUAGCAGUGGUUGGAAUGAUGUGGUAUGGCAAUGCAUCAUCGAAGCCUGGCGGGAAGGAGCGUUGGAGUCAUUCUCUCCCCACCAACAAAACAGAAAGCCGGUCAUAGUUUGACAGUGUUCACUCAUUAUGUGAUGGUUUUGUUUGCAAAUUGCAAAAGUUGAGCACGCCAAAUAGUUGAUUUUAGAAAAGUAUUUAUUUUUAUAUAAAAUUAAACCUUAUUGGUUCUAAUUAUUUUAACCUUGUUUGUAAUUCUUCAAAUUUGAUUUCUUGUUUUGGAUACUAGUUGUUGGUAUAUGUUUAUAGGUAUGUUCUCUUGGGAAGUUUUCAUCUUUUCCAUGAUCAGAAUGAAUCUAUUUGACUCUUAAA